AUUUCAGCGGAAGUGAAAGAAACUCACCGGUAGCAAAAUAAGAUUAUUUUGGUUCAUUAAUAUGUUAAAGGUGUGAUGUGACUACAAACAAUAGACAUGGCUGAAGCUUUAAAUGAUUUAAAAAAGAAAUACAAAGUGCACGAAGAGACAGAAAGCUAUUUUAAGCUAAGAACCGAAAAUGGAAAUAACAAGCCUUACUAUGAAAUGUCAAAUUAUGAUGAAGCAAGGGUCCAAAAAGAAGAAAUAGCAAAACAAUUUGGAGGAGAAGUAGAAUUCGAAGGAAGUGUAAAAGAUUUUACUGUCCCAUCACCAUAUGUCAAGGAUGGAGUUCAAAUUACAGUAUACAGAUCAAAGAAUUGUGCAUUAGUAGUAGCUCCAUCUGUGUUUGUUUACUUCCAUGGUGGAGGAAAUGUGGUGGGAUCUCGGAAAACUGUUGAUACUGUCUGUAAAAUAUUUUCAAGGGAUGCCCCUUGUGUUGUGGUAAAUGUAGAGUACCGAUGUGGACCAGAAUUUAAGUAUCCAGCCAACCAUGAAGAUGCAGUCUGUGUGGUACGAUGGGUCAAAAUGAACAAAGGAUUAAUAGGUGCUGUAAAUGAGAGUACAGUUGGUGUAGGGGGCGAUAGUGCUGGUGGAAGAUUAGCAGCUUCUGUCUGUCAUGAAGAAUAUAAUAUAAAUUAUCAGGUUCUAGUUUAUCCAUCAUUAGACUAUAGAAGAAAAUUUAAUUCAGAUAAAGAGUUUGAAAAAGGUCCUGUCUUAUCUAGUGAGAUUUUACAAUGGUUUAACAGAAAUUAUAUAAAUGAAGCUGAUUUUGAAAAGCCACGAGCAUCCCCACUGUUGUAUAAAAGUUUCAAUAAAUGUCCACCAGCGUUGAUUAUUAUGGCAGAAUUAGAUAUGAAUAGAGACCAUGGUUAUGCUUACCAUGAGAAGUUAAAGGAGGCAGGAGUAAAAUCUCAAACAUUUACAGUUAAAGGUGUCACACAUGGUUUCUUUGUUAUGCCAGGACAUUUUAAAGAAUGUUGUCAGCGAGCCCAUGAAAAAGUUUCCAAAUUCAUCAAAGCGAACUCUUAAAGAACCACUAUGGACAGAUUGUAAUCAGAUGUUGCUAAGUUAUUGUCUCUUAAAGAACAACUAUGGCCAGAUUGUAAUCAGAUCUUGCUAAGUUAUUGUCUACAGCAGUGUACCAAUGUGUUCAUUUCACAUUUAUUUCAUUUUUCUCUUCUUACUAAACAGACCUCUUCUUAUAAUCCACUUCGAACAAUUUUAAUACUGUAAAAAAAGAAAUUAUUGCGUGCAUUUCUUUUUGCAAUUUUGUCAUUUUAGACUUAAAUGCGAUUUUAAUUUUUACGAUUUUGAGAAAAAUCCUGUUGAAUUCAUAUAAAUAUUUCAAAAUGCUAGUUAAUUAUUGCGUUUACAAUUCAAUCGCAUUUUUCCCAAUAAUAAAAACCUCGCAUUAAUUUCUGAAUUUACAGUAGUAUAUUGGGUAGUGCAGUAGUGCAAAUAAUGGAAAUUUAGAGUUCAACCAUCAUAUACAUAUAAGUUGAAAUUGUAAUACUUUACACUAUGUAUAAGGAAUGGAUGCCACAUGUUCAUAUGAUUAACAAUUUAUAGAUUUAGCCAUUACGCAUGUUCAUGUAAGAGAAUUUUGUACUCUUUGGCCAGUCAUUAUAAUCAAAACUUUACACAAAACACUGAUCAAAUUUUACAUCCAAUCAUGAUCAAGACUUUUAUCACAUGACAUACAAAUUGAAGCCAUCUUGUGUAGUAUUUUUUAAACACUGUGAAAUUUAAUUUUAAUUUCAUAUUUGAAUUUAAAUUUUAUGUCCUUGCCAAUAUGUAGUAGAUAUAUAAUGGAACAAUUUGAAAUCAAAUUUAAAUAAUAUUUUAUCUGUUUUGAUAUUUACAAUUCAUUUUUUUUUGUGAUGUAAUUUUAAUUAUUUGCAUUUAUAUUAACAAAUACAUGUAAGAUCUUUUUUCUGUAUUUUAUGUUAUAUUAUUUCUUAUUUCCCUCUGACCAAACUUUACCUGAUGUAGACUUAAGUCCAUAGUGGAAUAAUUUAAUUGAUUUUUGUUUACUUGGGGUUUUACAUAGAAAUUAUACAGAAUUUGUUUUCAGUUUAUGUCAUUUUGAUUUCAAAACAUAAAAAAUAUUACAUUGUAAAUUCUUCUGUGCAUUUUGAGCUUUCUAGGGGUCUAUAUACUGACGGGUUGGGUUCAUUUAUGGUUAUUUUUAGGUAUUGGGUUGCUCUAGAUAAGGAUUAGGUUUUAUAGCUAGUGUUUAAGGUUAGGUAUGGGUUAGGGUAAAGAAUAGUUUAGUAUAGCCCUAUAUUGGUUGGGACACCUAUAGAAAAGAAAGGCUCAAUUUUGCAGUAUGGCUAUAGUUAUUCUACACAAUUUAUUUUGGAUUGAUAUGCAGUUCAAUUAAUUGCAUUGUUUUAAAGUAAAACAUGAAUUUGAGGAAAUAAAUAAAUCUUAAUGUAGUUGGUUGAAUAACAAAGCAUACUUUUUAAAUCACUAGACAACUACUACAAGAAAAGCAGGAAGAACAAAUUCUUUCACUGAGAUUUGCUGUUAUUUUGCUGAAAGGCAGUUUUUAUCAAAUUUCAAAGUCCUAUUUUUAAAUUGGUUUUAUGGAAACCAUAUGGAAUAUUAAGAACAAAAACAUUAGAAAACUUUUGAUAAUUCUUUGCAUAAUAUGACAUUAAUCAUAAAUGUUUAGUAUAUAAAUAAUCUAUUCGUAGAAUAUAGCAUUUAGAUAUAUGCCAAUAGUGAUAGAUUUAUUAACUAAAGUGAUAUACAUGUAGUUGAAAAGUAGUGAUUAGAUCUAGCCUAGUUUGGAUUAUAAUUUAAUAUGAAAUGUAGUAAAAAUCUAGUCUAUAUUGUAAUUGUACUAAUUUUAUAAUAUUCAAUGAUUUAAGAAAUAUAUAGAAAAUUCAUGUAAAUUUUAAUGAUAGUGAAAUCACUAGAAGAGUUCUACAUGAAAUCUUUGAAAUUUAGAAGUUAAAUUAAUGAGCUAUUCAAAAGAAAUAACUGUAAAAUAUAGAUGUAAGCAUAGAGAAAUAGAAUUUGCUAUGAAGAAGAUUGUUUAUAUUAAAAAGUUGAAAAUAAAAAGGGAAUAAUGAUUCAAACUGGAGUUAUUUCCCUUUUCUUAUUCUUUUAAAGUCUUUCUGCUCCUCAUGGAUAGUCAAGCUUUUUAAAAACCACCCUCUUCAUAUUCUAAACAUCAUUUUCAAAAUUGAAAAAUUACUUUGAGAUAUAGAGUUUUUGAAAGGCUUAUGCAUAAAUUUAUAUUUAAUCAUAAAUUCAGUUAUUUAUCAGGAUAAUUUAUUAAUUUUAAACAAUUUCAAGCUGUCUCAAUCUGAAAUCCUAUUAAAAUUGUGCCAUUUUGUUUUACAAGUUUCAUCUUUUAAAAAUUAGUAUAUAGUAUAUAAUACCCCAUUUUAAACACCUUUUCCCAUUAUUUUAGCUAAGGUGCCACAUAGUUAUUUAUAGAACACAGCAUAGGUUUCAGAAACAUGCUGUACAUUGCUUGCAUUAAUCAGUUACCAUAAAUAAGCAGCAACAAUUAGUGAUGAUGGAGUGUUAGAACGAUUUAAGGAAGAAGUUAUGCUUGAGAAAAAAUGAAACGUUCAUUUAUUUUUAAACACAUUUUGUUGAAAAUGAUUUAAGAAAUGAUAGGAAAAUUGAUACAGCAUCAUUGUUCUUUAUGAAAGAUCUGCACACUAAUGUCUGAAGUUUUAUUGUUUAAGCAUUUAUUUCCAUUGUAAAUUCCGACAUUGAUUUCAGAAUGAUGUUAAGAGAACCAAAAUUGCAUUUUUUGGGGAAUUGAUUUCAAGACAUUUAACAAUGAUAUAUUGAGGGCAUACACUUAAAAUUUGUAAAAAAUGAAAUUUAAAGAUAUUUUAAGUAUAAUGUGCAUAGAAAUUUUACUAGCAUUACCAGAUUUUAAUGUCAGAAGUAAAGUACAAAUUGUCGUCAAUUCAUUAUUUUCACCAAGCAUAUUAAAUAUGCCAAAACAUGCAAGCAACCAUGUGCCUAUUUGUUAUUUAAGCUUUUGUAUUUUAUUGUCAUAUUGUAGUUUGUUAAUUAUACAUAUUAUAGUGGCUUCUAGGUUGCUUUUUUUGUAAAAUUGUCCGUAUUGUGCAAUUCUUUUGGAAAAUUUUAUUUGUUAAUUAUUGCAGAUUAAAUAUAAAUUUUAAUGCUACAAA